AUGUUUCUGAAGGAGCGAGAUUUACCCGAAUCUGGUGUGGCCAUAUGCAGUCUUGACUGUGGUCCUCAUGGUACAUGUGAGCAAGGUCGUUGCAACUGCGUUCAAGGUUGGGCAGGUCCUUUAUGUGACCUCCUACCUUGCGAUGACCGAUGCUCGGAGCAUGGUCAAUGUAAGAAUGGAACCUGCGUUUGCUCUCAAGGAUGGAAUGGACGUCAUUGCACACUACCUGGAUGUGAAAAUGCCUGCAGCAGACACGGCCAAUGCACCUUGAACAAUGGAGAAUACAGCUGCAUGUGCAUUGAAGGAUGGGCUGGAAAAGAUUGUUCGAUUGCAUUGGAAAUGGAUUGCAACGACAAUAUUGAUAACGAUCACGAUGGAAUGACCGAUUGUUCGGACAGCGAAUGCUGUUCGCACCCCGCCUGCGCCGAACACAUUAUGUGUUUAGCUUCGAACGACCCGGUCGACGUCCUUCUUCGGAAGCAGCCACCUUCAGUCACUGCAUCUUUCUAUCAGAGAGUUAAAUUUCUGAUAGAAGAAAAUUCCGUACAGAGUUAUGCUCAUAUGGAUGAAUACAGCGAAAGUUUAGUCAGCAUUAUAGUAGCCCAAUCAUAA